GAGUGAGAUAAAAAGAGAGAAAGAGUACUCGAGUGACGUUUUCGAACGCAACCAAGAGGUCUGUUUUUAUUGCUGAACUGGCUGCACUCUCUCAUCUUUCUUCCACCAAGUUUUAUCUGUAUAUCUGUCUCUUUUUAAAUUCCGAAAGUGCACACUAGUUGACACUAGUUCAAACAAACACAUCGCAAAGUAGUAGUGUCAAAUCGUGAGAAAGCAAGGUGCACAUAAAAUAAUUUCGAUAAUUUACCAACGUCGACGACACCUUUCAAACAGCAACAAUGCACGACGCUUACGAGGAAAUGUCUGUAUUAAAUAUCACCGUGCAAAUCGAGUCUAUGGCUGCAUAUGAUGACAAUCUAUUAAUAGGCACUAGAGAGGGUCAUCUUCUUAUGUACAAUGUACCGUCAGUGUUUGAUGGUAGCCACAAGCUGGAGCUAUUACGACAUAGUAAAAAUUUUAAUAAAAAACGUAUCAAUCAGCUAGACGUAGUGCCAGAAUACAAUCUAUUGGUCAUCCUGACAGAUAACAUUGUAUGCAUUCACGACUUAAAUUCGCCAAAUUUCCAACAAAUAUGUCAACUACAAAAGACCAGAGGUGCUACUCUCUUUACCUUGGAUGUCCUGUCCACUCAGAGUCUGACAGGUGAAAAGAACACUGUAGUGCGCUUGUGUGUUGCUGUCAAGCGUAAAUUACAAUUGUAUUACUGGAAGGGAAAGAAAUUUGAGGAAUUUAAAAAUUUUGAGAUGACUGUACCAGAUAUACCACGACAGUUGUCAUGGUGCGGUGAAACUUUGAUAUUAGGAUUUCGUGGAUUGUCCUACACUAUUUUCGAUUUAAAUGGCAAAGCUAAAGAACUCUUUCCCACUGGUAAGUCUCCAGAGCCAAGUAUUACAAAAUUAUCGGAUAAUUCGUUCGUACUGGGAAAGGAUUCUCAGUCGUUUAUUAUGGACACCAAAGGAGAGCUGGUCCAGCACAACCCUGUGAAAUGGUCUGACACACCUGGCGUGAUAGCGUGGGACGAACCUUAUCUGCUCGGUAUCGUGCACGACAAAUUGGAGGUGUACACGUUGGAGGGAUGUCUACACAUUCAAACGAUAAAGGACCUGAAUAAAGCUAGACUCAUAUUUCGAUGUAAACAAGGAAAGGUUUUCGUAGCAUCCAUCAGUCAGAUUUGGUGCAUCAAAGCAAUCGACGUUACCUUACAGAUUAGGACUCUACUGGAACAAAAUCAAUUUCAGUUGGCAUUGAAAUUAACCGGUUUGUCAGACAUAACGGAAGAAGAGAAAUCCAAACAAAUCUACAAAAUACAAACGUUAUACGCGCAUCAUCUGUUCUAUAACAAGCGAUUUCAAGAGGCGAUGGACUUGUUUUUGAAGUUGGGAACUGAUCCGUAUGAGGUGAUCAGGUUGUUCCCGGACUUGGUUACACCGUCGACCAAUACACACGAGCUCAGUGAUCCGGCACCGAGCUUGCCGAAAUUGCAGGAUCACGAUUUGGAGAAGGGUUUACGCGCUCUGAUAGUUUUCCUGACUGAAGUCAGGCAUAAGCUGAUGGCGAAGGACAAGGAGCUGAGUAAAGAAAAGAACGGAUUAAAUGGAGAAAAAAAUAUCACUGCUGUGGCUACAGAGCAGCUUUUGAAGAUUAUAGAUACUACUCUAUUGAAAUGCUAUUUGCAGACCACCGAUGCUUUGGUAGCGCCUCUACUCAGACUGAAUCACUGUCAUUUGGCAGAGGCUGAGAAAACCCUGUUGAUGCAUCAGAAAUAUCCAGAGCUCAUUAUAUUGUAUCAAACUAAGGGUCAACAUAAGAAGGCGCUGGAAUUGUUGGAGAAGCACGCAAAAGAAAACGAUUCUAGUCUAAAAGGCACCGAACGUACCAUACAGUAUUUGCAACAUCUCGGCAAGGAUCACAUGGAUUUGAUCCUGAAGUUUGCUGGAUGGGUUUUAACGGAGGAUCCUGAACAAGGUCUCAGGAUAUUCAUGGAAGACAUUCAGGAAGUUGAGCAUUUACCCAGACCAAAAAUACUAGAUUUCCUUCUACGGUGUCACAAGGAUUUGGUGAUACAGUAUCUCGAGCACGUGGUACACGUUUGGGAAGACAGCAAUCCAUUGUUUCACAAUGUUUUAAUACACCAGUACAAGGAAAAGUGUCUGGCUUCCAUGGAUGCGAAUGCGACGCCGGCGGAAAAGGAAGCGUCGCAGCACAUUCGACAGAAGUUGCAACAAUUCCUGGAAAAGUCGACGUACUAUACGCCAGAAACAAUACUUGUACACUUCCCGUUCGAUAGCUUGUUCGAGGAACGCGCAAUUAUACUUGGACGGCUUGGUCGCCACCAGCAGGCUAUAUCAAUAUACAUUAGCCUCUUAAACGACAUACCACGUGCAAUACAAUAUUGUCAUAAUGUAUACACAAGGUACCAGAAAAUUGUGCUUCAAGAUCAAAAUCGUGCGGAGAAACAGAAGCAAACCGAUAACGCCGAUGAAGUCUACGUUCUGCUAAUUCAGCAACUAUUGAAACCUGAUAAUGAAGGUGUUUUAAUGGCCGGUUGUCACACGGAAAUGCAGAGAACAGCACAGCCGGAUCUAGAGAUGGCUCUCCAAUUGCUGGAGGAACACGCCUCUGAAAUAAAUCCAAUGAAAGCCUUGGAAGUAUUGCCGGAUUCCGUGCCUAUCGGUAGGAUAAGACGUUUUUUGGAGGUUAGCCUGCAGAACAACUUGAACACCAGACGAAGAAUGCAGGUUCUCAAGGGGUUACUUUACGCGGAGCAUUUGCAAGUGCAAGAACAACGGAUGCACUAUGAAUCGCAAAACGUCCUCAUGACGGAGUUUAAUAUAUGUCCAGUUUGUAAAAAACGAUUCGGCAAUCAGAGCGCUUUCGCGCGGUAUCCCAAUGGCGACAUAGUGCAUUACUCUUGUCAAGAUCGUAAAGGAUAAAAACGAAACUAUGUAACAAUAAUACCCAUCUCAUAUAUAUGACUCGUCGGAAGCUGUAAAUAUUAAAUACAUAUGCAUUUUACGUACACGAAUUUCCCAAAUCCUAUUGUGCGUAUUAUAUAUAUAUUACGCAAACUUCAAGAAUUAUUCCUCCAAGCAAAGCUACUUUCAUCAAGAAGCGUUUUCAUCCGAACUGUUACAGUUUAUCUCCUUUUUUCAUAGUAAAUUUUUGUUAUAAAAAGUGCAAAUAAAUACUUGAGAACGAA